AUGGCCGUGGGCACCCAGCUGGGGCUGCUGCUCUGGAAGAACUUCACGUACCGCCGGCGGCAGCGGAUCCAGCUGACUAUCGAGAUCCUGUGGCCCCUCUUCCUCUUCCUUAUCUUGAUCUCAGUGCGGCGAUCCCACCCGCCCUUCAAGCAGCAUGAAUGCCACUUUCCCAACAAGGCGCUGCCCUCGGCGGGGACCCUGCCCUGGCUGCAGGGCAUCAUCUGCAACAUGAACAACCCCUGCUUCCGGCACCCCACGGCAGGAGAGGCCCCUGGCGUGGUGGGCAACUUCGAUGGCUCCAUCCUCUCCCGCCUCCUGACCGAAGCCCGGCAGGUCCUGCUCCGCGGCCACGGGCAGCGGCUCCUGAGCAGCUUCUCCCGGCUCCUUCCCGCCCUGCGCCGGCUCCGGGACAGUGGCAAUCAGCGGAGGGCUCUGCCGGUGAGGGAAUACUUGAGAGAGGACGAGACCUUCUCCCGGUUCCUGCGGACCAACAUAUCUCUGUCCCCGGCGCUGGUGGAUGAGCUGAUGGGGGCUCGGCUCAGCCCCCGCAUCUUCUCCCUGGCGAGCAUUCGCCUCCCGCUAAAGGCCCUGGUCUGCAACGCCUCGGUCCUGGGGGGCUUCCUGGUGGGCGGUGACUCCGACUCCACCCAGAGCCUGCAGCAAGAACUCUGCGCACUGCCCAGCUCCCAGCUCCGUGCCAUGGAGGGCUCCUUCCUCUCCCAAAUGGAUUUCCCACGACUCCUGACGGAGCAGCUGAGCUCAGACUUGGGAGGAAUCACUGGCACCGUGGAAGCUUUGGGCAGCUUCCUGCGGGAUGCAGCAUCCCUGAUGGAGGAGGUCUCCUCCAUGACCAGCCUGGCCAAGCUGCGUCAGGAGCUUAUGGGGCUGAGGGCCCCCAACACCAGCACGGGUGCCUUCACAGCCCUGUCACGCAUUGCCUGUGGACACCCUGAGGGCGGGGGGCUCAGGAUCCCCUCCCUCAACUGGUACGAGGACAAUGAUGUCAAAGCCUUCCUGGACCGUAACAGCUCUGAGCAGAGACCCGUGGCCUCAGGCAGCACCAGUCCCUUCUGCCGGGAGCUGCUCCACAGCCUGGAGUCCAGCCCCCUCUCACAGAUCUUCUGGCGGGGGAUCAAGCCCCUCUUUGUGGGGAAGAUCCUGUACACGCCACCUGGGCCCGGCCCCGACAGGGUCAUGGCUGAGGUGAAUCGGACCUUCCGGGAGCUGGCAGUGCUGGGGGAGCUGGGGGGUGCCUGGCAGGAGCUGGGACCCCGAAUCUACACCCUCCUCAACAGCAGCCUGGAGAUGCAGGUGCUCCAGGUGUGUGACCCCCAGACUCCUCCCAUUAGGAACAGGUUUGCUGACUUGCUGCUGGCCCCGAGUACAGCCCAGCUGCUGAAUGGGUUUCUCAAUGGCACUUCCUGGAAGCUACCAGAGUUGGUCACAUUCCUGGUGGGGCCAGAGGGGGGACCAGACCUCACCUGGCGCCAGGUGUACGCUGAUGUGGAUGCAGUCUUGAGCACGCUGUCACAGUUCAUGGAGUGUGUCUGCCUGGACAAGAUCGAGGCAGUGGCCACCGAGGAGCAGCUGGUAUCCAGGGCCCUGGAGCUGCUGGAGGAGCAGCAGUUUUGGGCAGCAGUGGUCUUCCAGCCCCCCAUCAAUGCCUCAGCCCCCGGACUUCCACCCCACGUCCGCUACAAGAUCCGCAUGGACAUUGAUGACGUCACGAGGACCAACAAGAUCAAGGACAGGUUUUGGGACCCAGGCCCUGCAGCUGAUCCCUUCAGUGACUUGCGUUAUGUCUGGGGGGGCUUCAUCUACAUUCAGGACCUGGUGGAGCAGGCGGUGGUGCGGGUGCAGACUGGCGCUGCCCCACGGACAGGGGUUUAUGUCCAGCAAAUGCCCUACCCCUGCUAUGUGGAUGAUGUGUUCUUGAGGGUCCUGAACCGCUCCCUGCCUCUCUUCAUGACGCUGGCCUGGAUCUACUCAGUGGCCAUGAUCAUCAAGGGGGUGGUGCACGAGAAGGAGACACGUCUCAAGGAGACCAUGAAGACCAUGGGGCUGAGCAGUGGGAUCCUCUGGCUCAGCUGGUUCCUCAGCAGCUUCAUCCCCUUCCUCCUCAGCUCUGCUCUCCUUGUCCUCAUCCUCAAGCUGGGAAACAUCCUGCCCUACAGCGACCCAGCAGUCAUCUUCCUCUUCCUUGGCACCUUCUCGGUGGCCACCAUCAGCCAGUGCUUCCUCAUCAGCACCUUCUUCCCCCGUGCCAACCUGGCCUCGGCGUGUGGUGGCAUCAUUUACUUCUCGCUGUACCUGCCCUAUGUGCUGUGUGUCGCCUGGCGCGACUACAUCACCUUCCCAAUCCGUGUCCUUGUGAGCUUGCUGUCCCCCGUGGCCUUCGGCUUUGGCUGCGAUUAUUUCUCCCUCUACGAGGAGCAGGGAGUGGGCAUCCAGUGGCACAACCUGGCUGCCAGCCCCGUGCCAGGAGACCCGUACAGCUUUGCUGUGGCCAUGGCGCUGCUGCUGCUGGAUGCUUUCCUCUAUGGCCUGGCCACCUGGUACCUCGAGGGUGUCUUCCCAGGUCAGUAUGGGAUCCCCAAGCCCUGGAAUUUCCCCUUCUUAAAGAGCUACUGGUUUGGAGAGUCAUCCUCAUCUGGGAUGUACCACACCAGUCCCCACACAGCACCCCAAGUGCUGGUGGAAGAGCCGCCUGUGGAACUCCAGCCCGGCGUCUCCAUCCGCAACCUGGUGAAGGUCUAUGGCAGCAAUGGCCGUGCAGCUGUCAACGGGCUGAGCCUGGACUUCUACGAGGGGCAAAUCACGUCCUUCCUGGGCCACAACGGCGCUGGAAAGACCACCACCAUGUCCAUCCUGACUGGCCUCCUGCCCCCCACCUCGGGCACUGCCUAUAUCCUGGGCUGGGACAUCCGCUCUGAUAUCGACAGCAUCCGCAAAUCCAUGGGGAUGUGUCCCCAGCACAACGUGCUCUUCGACAUCCUGACAGUGGAGGAGCACGUCUGGUUCUACGGGAGGCUGAAGGGGCUCUCGGAGCAGCAGGUGCAGGAGGAGAUGGAGCAGCUGCUCCAGGACACGGGGCUGCCCCACAAGCGCCGGGAGCAAACCAGGAACCUCUCGGGUGGGAUGCAGCGGAAGCUCUCGGUGGCCAUUGCCUUCGUGGGUGGCUCCCGAGUGGUCAUCCUGGACGAGCCCACGGCCGGUGUCGACCCCUUCUCCCGCCGCAGCAUCUGGGAGCUGCUGCUCAAGUACCGCAAAGGCCGCACCAUCAUCCUGUCCACCCACUACAUGGACGAGGCAGAGCUGUUGGGGGACCGCACUGCCAUCAUCUCACAGGGUCGGCUCUGCUGCUGCGGGUCCCCCCUCUUCCUCAAGGCCAGGCUUGGCACCGGGUACCACCUCACCCUGGUGAAGCGGGAGAGGAGCGGGACAGGCGGCAACACUGGCACUGUCCCCGGUGUCACCAAAAAGGAUGGCAGUGACUCAGAGCACAGCAGUGACACAGGCCUGGGCAGCGAGCGGGGCAGUGAUGCCAGCAGCGUGGAUGUGGCCCAGCUGUCAGCACUGAUCCAGAAGCUGGUCCCUGGCUCCCGGCUGGUGGAGGACAUUGGGCACGAGGUGCUCUUCGUCCUGCCCUACAGCGGGGCCAAGGACGGGGCCUUUGGGGAGCUGUUCCGUGAGCUGGAUGCACACCUGGGGGAACUGGGGGUCUCCAGCUAUGGCAUCUCUGACACCACCCUGGAAGAGAUCUUCCUGAAGGUGGCCGAGGACACAGUGCUGGGCACUGACACCACAGGCACCAUGAAAGGAGCAGUCCCUGGCGAGAUGGGUGAUGGGGAUGUGGCCGAUGGAGAGAUGGGUAAGGAUGGGGGAGGUGGAACCCCUGAGUGCUCCCCACCUCCAGCCCCUGGGCUGGGAGUAAAGAUCUGGGAUGAGGAUGGGUUUGGGGAGCUCAGCUCUGUGCAGGAGUUGGGAUGGGCGGAGGAGCCUCGGGAGACAGAUCUGCUGCGGGGGGCUGCGGGACAGGCCUGCGGCAGGGUGCGGGGCUGGGCACUCACCUGCCGCCAGCUCCGCGCUCUCUUCACCAAGAGGAUGCUCCACGCUCGGCGCAGCACCCGCGGCUUCUUGGCGCAGAUCGUCCUCCCCGCCGUGUUCGUCUGCAUUGCGCUGCUCUUCAGCCUCAUCGUGCCGCCCUUUGGGAAGUACCCGCCCCUGCAGCUCCAGCCCUGGAUGUACGGGAAGCAGUUCACCUUUUUCAGCAAUGACGCCCCGGGAGACCCCGACACAGCCCGGCUGCUGGACGCGCUCCUGGCUGAGCCCGGCUUCGGCACCAAGUGCAUGAAGGAAGAGGGGAAGGCGACAGGGCUGUGCCCACCAGCUUCCCACCCCGACGGCUUCUCAGCCCCCUCUUCCCCCCCAUCCCUGCUGGAAGUGCUGCGGCGUGGGAACUGGACACGGGCUGAGCCAUCCCCCCCGUGUCAGUGCAGUGGGCCAGGGGCACACAGGAUGCUGCCAGAGUGUCCUGAGGGGGCCGGGGGGCUCCCACCACCCCAGGUGCAGAGAGGCACAGGGGACAUCCUUCAGAACCUGACAGGCAGGAACAUCUCUGACUACCUGGUGAAGACCUAUCCCCAGAUCAUCCGUCAGGAGCUGAGGAACAAGAAGUGGGUGAAUGAGCAAAGGUACGGUGGCUUCUCCCUGGGCGCUGGCAGCUCCCAGGCUCUGCCGUCGGCAGCAGAGGUGGAUCAGGCAGUGCUGGAGCUCCGGGUGCUGCUCAACAUCACCCCGGGCAGCCCCUCGGAUCGGCUCCUGGCCAACCUCAGCCGCUUCAUUGAAGGUUUGGAUGCCCGCAGGAAUAUCAAGGUGUGGUUCAACAACAAGGGCUGGCAUGCCAUGGUCUCCUUCCUCAAUGUGGCCAGCAAUGGGCUGCUGCGAGCCCGGCUGCCCCCCGGCACCGACCCUGCACGCUUUGGCAUCACGGCCACCAACCACCCCCUGAACCUCACCAAGGAGCAGCUCUCUGAGGCCGCCCUGAUGGCCACCUCUGUGGACGUGCUGGUCUCCAUCUGCGUGAUCUUCGCCAUGUCCUUCGUCCCAGCCAGCUUUGUUGUCUUCCUCAUUGAGGAGCGAGUCAGCAAGGCCAAGCACCUUCAGUUUGUCAGCGGGAUGAAGCCCAUCACCUACUGGCUGGGCAACUUUGCCUGGGACAUGUGCAACUACCUGGUCCCUGCGCUGCUGGUCAUCUUCAUCUUCCUCUGCUUCCAGCAGGAAUCCUACGUGUCCUCGGCCAACCUGCCCUCCCUGGUGCUGCUGCUGCUGCUCUACGGAUGGUCCAUCACCCCUCUGAUGUACCCAGCCUCCUUCCUCUUCAGCAUCCCCAGCACGGCCUAUGUGGCCCUGACCUGCAUCAACCUCUUCAUCGGCAUCAACGGCAGUGUUGCCACCUUUGUGCUGGAGCUCUUUGUGGACCAGAACCUCAAUGACAUCAACCGUGUCCUGAAGAAGGUUUUCCUCAUCUUCCCCCACUUCUGCUUGGGCCGAGGCCUCAUUGACAUGGUGAAGAACCAGGCAAUGGCUGAUGCCUUUGAGAGGUUUGGGGACAAGCGCUUUGUGUCCCCCCUCUCCUGGGACCUGGCAGGGAAGAACAUGUUUGCCAUGGCCAUCGAGGGCAUCAUCUUCUUCCUCUUCACCCUCCUGCUGCAGUACCACCGCUUCUUCCUGCGCCUGGGGCCACGGGCUCUGGAGCUGCCCUCGCUGGGGGAUGAGGACCGGGAUGUGGCCAGGGAGCGGGCGAGGGUGGGCAGCAUCACCCCACAUGGCCACCUCCUGCUGCUGAAGGACCUGACCAAGGUGUACCGGCGCAGGAAGGCUCCGGCUGUGGACCGGCUCUGCGUGGCCAUCCCCCCCGGGGAGUGCUUUGGCCUCCUGGGGGUGAACGGUGCUGGGAAAACAUCCACCUUCAAGAUGCUGACAGGGGACACAGAGGUGACGCUGGGAGAGGCCUGGUUGAAGGGGCACAGCGUGCUCACCGACCUCCAGUCUGUCCAUCAGCACAUGGGUUACUGUCCCCAGUUUGAUGCCAUCACAGACCUGCUGACGGGGCGGGAGCACCUGGAGUUCUACAGCCGCCUGCGUGGGAUCCCAGAGGAGGAGACCCCCAGGGUGGCUCAGUGGGGCAUCACUGCUCUGGGGCUGGGCCCACAUGCAGACCGGCCGGCGGGCAAGUACAGCGGGGGCAACAAACGCAAGCUCUCCACGGCCAUCGCCCUCCUCGGCUGCCCCCCUGUCGUCUUCCUGGAUGAGCCCACAACGGGGAUGGAUCCACAAGCCCGGAGGUUCCUGUGGGAGCGCAUCCUUGGCGUUAUCCGGGACGGGCGCUCCGUGGUGCUCACGUCCCACAGCAUGGAGGAGUGUGAGGCGCUCUGCACCAGGAUGGCCAUCAUGGUCAAUGGGCGGUUCCGCUGCCUGGGCAGCGUCCAACACCUCAAGAACAGGUUUGGGGAUGGGUACACGGUGGUGGUGCGGGUGGGGGGUCCUGGCCCAGCGGCGGUGCAGACCCUGCUGCAGCAGCACUUCCCCGGCAUUGUGCUGCGGGAGCAGCACGGGGGGCUGCUGCAGUACCACCUGCCUGCCCGUGUCACCUCCCUGGCUACCGUCUUCAGCCUUCUGGCCACCCACCGUGGCCCCUGCCACAUAGAGGACUACUCCGUGUCCCAGACCACACUGGACCAGGUCUUCAUGCACUUUGCCCAGGACCAGAGCGAUGGGGACACCGUGGAGGUCACAGCCCCAGGGCAGGAUGCAGCCCCCAGCCCCGGGAGGAGGCUGAGCACGUUCCUGGAGGACGACAGCUACCAGGAGAGCGCUGUCUGA